UUUUACAUUUAUAUAAGCAUUUCAGCAUUUGUUCAUAUUUUAAAAUGCAAAAAGAAAAUAUAAUAGAAUUUUUACUAACCAGUGGUUUUAAUGCUUUAACAUACGAACAAAAAAAUCAAAUUAAACUUAAUCGCCCAACUCCUCAUUUAUUAUUAACAUGUCAAGACGGUAAAUGUAUUAGAACAUUUCAAAAGAAUUGGUAUAGUAAAUUUCCGUGGCUUACUGGUUGUGAUAAACGAAAUAAAGUGUUUUGUUUUACUUGUGUAAUAUUUGGAGGGUAAAAGGAAUGGAGUGUUAAUGGAUUGUCAUCAAUAAAAAUUUUUUUAAGGAAAUCAGAAAAACACGCCAUUUCCCAAAAUGAUUUAACUAAUCAAGAAAAAUUUCAUCUAUUGGGUAAAGUCCGAAUUGAACACGUGGUUUCAGAAGGUCGACGACUUGCUGCUGUAAAACAUAACGAACAGGUCGGUAUAAAUAGACGUUUAAUAGCACUUAUGAUACAUGUUGUUUGUUUUUUGGGCAAACAAGAACUUGCUUUUCGUGGCCACCGGGAAAAUAAUGAAUCUUUAAAUAAGGGGAAUUAUCUUGAAUUACUUGAGCUACUGGCUCAAGAAGAGCAGUUGCUUAAAGAGCACUUAUUGUCAUCGGCAAUAUUUAAAGGGACAUCUAAGAUGAUACAAAAUAAUUUGAUUGAAUGCGUUACUUCCGUUUUGAAUUCAAAAUUUUUUAAUGAAAUACAAAAAGUUAAUUACGUAUCUAUUCAAGCAGAUGAAACGACUGAUGUAUCGUGCCGAUCCCAAAUGAGCAUAAUUUUUCGGUAUGUUGUAGAACAAAAAAAUUGUGGAACGAUUUAUUGGUUUUUUUGACGUUUCAAAGAAUAAAACAGCCUCUGAAUUAGCAGAUAUAAUUUUAUCUGAAAUUAAUAAGUGGAAAAUUGGAAAUAAAAUUAUAUGUCAGACCUAUGAUGGUGCAUCGGUUAUGUCGGGAGAAAAAAGUGGUGUACAAUUUCUUAUAAGGCAAAUUUAUCCAAAUACAUUAUUUAUUCAUUGUUACGCACAUCAGUUGAACUUGGUAUUGUUACACGGAGCGAAGACAAUAAAAUCAGUCAAACUCUUUAUUUGCAAUCUAACUAUGUUCAUUACGUUUUUUAGUCGGUCUACAAAAAGAAACCUCAAAAAUGCUGUUUUACAUGUAACUGAAGAACCAGGUUGGGACCCUAUAUCCGUUUGUACAGCAUCUGGUCUUUAUGAUAAGCUAAAUGAUGCGAACUUCGUAUAUUUUUUGAUUUUGUUUGGCAAAGUUUUUUUAUACACAGAUCAUGUAUUUAAAUUUCUCCAAUUAAAAUCACUUUCGAAUAUAAAAUCUUGCAUUUUUGAAAUUCAAAAUUUAAAAAAAAAUUUGACCGAUUUAAGAAAUGAUACAAAUGUGAAUAACUAUUGUGACGAAGCAAUACUAUUAAACAACAAUUUAGAGUACGAAGACAAAAAACGAAACGAAUUACGUAAAAUUACAUAUGAAAUUCUAGAUUCAUUAAUCGUCCAAAUUAACAUACGAUUUGAAGAUUUUCCAAAACUAGAGUUUGUAGAAAUUGUAAAUGAAAAAAUGUUUAAAAGCUACUACACUCAAUUUCCUGAGGCAAAGUUCAUCAAGUUAUUACAGCAAUAUCCUAAUACUUUUGAUGCAGAUCGUUUACGCAAUGAAUUGGCUGUAAUUUAUGCGAAUGAUAAAAUCAUUUGCCUCCUCAUGAACUAGAUUUUAUAAUAAAAAGUAAGUGAUAAUAAUAAAUUCAUUCAAAUUAAAUAUCAUUAAUUUUCAUAUUAUAUUUAAUUUUUCCUUUGCAAUUUACAAGUGAUUUACAUCAAGAUAUUUAUCCUCAGGUGACUAAACUUUGUCAGUUAGUGUUAACUAUUCCAUCUACGACAGCUUCUAGUGAACGGUCUAUGAGUACAUUAAAACGUAUCAAGACUUUUCUUAGAAACACAAUGACCAAUGAUCGGCUUUCAAGUUUAUCAUCCUUGGCGAUUGAAAAAAAUCUACUGGGUGAUAUGGCAAAGGAUCCAACUUUUGUAGACAAUGUUAUUGAUGAGUUUGCAGAUAAAAAAGAUUGAAGAAUUGAAUUAGUUUAUAAACAAAUUUAGUAUUAAAUUAAGUUAAAAAUAUUA